AUGACUUUAAAGGCAGCAGCAGGUGGAUUUGUUAUCUUCCUCCUCUCCGUGCCAGUGAUUCAGGGUCAGGACGACUGGGGAGUGACUUACACCUCUACCGAGAUCUGUGCCUUAAAGGGAUCAACAGUGAACAUCCCUUGCACCUUCACAUACCCAUCGACAGGAAGUGACAACGUUGAGAAGAGAUCAUGGAUUGCCAGAGGGAGCAAUGGUGCUCCUAUGGAUGUGACAACAGAUCCCCACUACGCAGGUCGUGUUGAGUAUCCUUUUCAUGAGAACGACUGCACUCUGAGAAUCAAAGACCUGAGAGAGAGCGACUCGGCUGAGUACAAGUUCAGGUUCAUGACAGACGGACCGGACAGAGCUUUUACUGGUUCACCUGGAGUCUUUUUGUCCGUCACAGACCUCUGGGUGCAGGUGGGAAGAUCACAGGCCCGGGCAGAGCUGAGGUGUCACAGCAGAUGUAACGUCACUGAUGAUUCUUCAUAUGUCUGGUACAAAAAUGGAAAGAAAGUGGCUGAAGAAAAAUCUACUUACAGAGUCUCUUUUGACGAUAAGAACAAAUAUUCCUGUGCUGUUGGAGGACACAAGAAGUACUGCUCUCCCCCAGUGUAUGCUCCAAAGCUUCCCUCUGUGUCAGUGAUCUGA